AAGGGAGCCACAGAGAGAGAAGUGUUUGAAGAUUGUAGGAGUGGCAGCUUGAGGGUGAAAGAGAGGCACAAGUGGAUCCUGAAGUCCUCCCAGAGUGGGGCUGGCCCGAGUGAGCUGGCUGGAGGGAGGGGGCGGAGUGCGCAGUCAGCGCCGGCGGCUGCCACUGUCGCGGCCACUGGGACGUCUGGCUUGAGCCCGGGGCGGCGGGAAGUCGUCAGGCCGCCCGGACGCGAUGGGGCCGCUGCCCUAGGCUCGCUGACGGCUGGCGGCGGGAGGAAGGGGCUCAGAUCGGCCUGGACGGGGGGGCGAUGUCCCCGCGCGUCCCCUCCCGCCCCGCGCGUCCCGCUCUUCGUCCGGCUGUCCCUUUUGCUUUUCCCGCCAGAAGCAGUCGGUUUUCUGCACCCAACACCUAAGCAGCCGGGGUCCGUGCGCCCCGCGGGCGGCUGCAGACGGCGGCGCGGCGCGGGCUCGGAGCCCAUGUCCGGGGCGGGCGAAGCCCUCGCUCCCGGGCCCGCGGGGCAGCAGUGCGCGGCCGAGGCGGGCGGCGGCCGGCUGGGCUCCCCGGCCCUCGAGAAAUGUAAUGAGGACAGUGCUGAGAAAGAUAUAAGUCAAGCUACCAGUUGCCACUCCAUGUAUGGACUGAUGAGGGACCAGUCCAUUUGGGGAAAUCCUCCCGAUGGUGAACUAGUCAGAACCCAACCUCAGCGCCUGCCUCGGCUGCAGACAUCAACACAGGAGCCCAGCAAGGAGGAAACAGGCAAGAUAAAGAAUGGGGGCCACAAGAGUCUGAGCAAUGGGAAUGGAAUUCCUCAUGGAGCUAAACAAGCACCCACAGAUAAUCACAAAAUUUCAGCUCCUGUUUCUCAGAAAAUGCAUAGAAAACUUCAGUCCAGCUUAUCUGUAAACAAUGAUAUCCAUAAGAAGAGUAAAGUACACGCUGUCUUUUCCCAAAAGACUGCUUCCUCACCAGAAGACUGUUGUGUCCACUGUAUCCUGGCGUGCUUGUUCUGUGAAUUCCUGACCCUCUGCAAUAUUGUCCUGGGACAAGCUUCAUGUGGCAUCUGCACCUCCGAAGCCUGCUGCUGCUGCUGUGGUGACGAGAUGGGUGAUGACUGCAACUGCCCUUGUGACAUGGACUGUGGCAUCAUGGAUGCCUGUUGUGAAUCCUCAGACUGUUUAGAAAUCUGUAUGGAGUGCUGUGGCAUCUGUUUUCCAUCAUAAAGAUUUAUCUUUUGUUUGUAUUAAAACUGGAGAUAUUUUACAAUAUUUCUUGUAGGGGAAAGAAAAGCACAUGGUAAGAUUCUCAUGAAGCAACUCAGUGUUUGCACUGUUAACUCAUUAUGCUUAAGUAAUCUCUGAAAUUCUUUUUCUUUCACUAAAUCUAUAUGGUUUAAUAUGUGAAGUUUUGACUAACUGGUUUUUGAAGCUUCUUUGUAGACGUUAAUAAUUGGAAGACAUUUUGAUACACACACACACACCCAAAAAUGUUGUCUGUCUUCUUUCUGUUGACAUAUGUGUUUCUCCUAAUAAUUCUCAGCAGCUCAUGGCUCUAAACACAACAUUGCUCAAUAGGUAUUUAAACCAGAUCAUUUAUCUUUGAUGUUUAUCUAUUAGAGGUUAAAAGUGAACAUUCAUUAUUCUAAGUAAGCACACAUACUGGGCAGAGCCGCAGACAGAUGUGGGACUCUCCAUGUUGGUCUGCUCUGUGUGCUCUCACCUCCAAUGUUCUACCCAGAGGGCACUGAGGAAUAUCAUGCUGCUGUCAUUCAGAGCAGUGUGCAAUGUAGUGGAGGAGGGCAGGGUGGGAGCCGUAGAGAAUGAACCAGAUCCCAAGGCAUGCUGGUGUCAGGACUGGAAAGGAAAGAGGGCAUAGGAAGACACAGAAGCAAAAAACAGGUUAUUGAGGAAUGCUUGAAGGAGAAUGUGGCAUUUCGGAUGCCUUAGGAUGAGCUAUUUAAAUUUAGGAAAAAGUUUAAGGUGGGUGGCCUGAACUGUCUGUGUUCUGAACAAGUGAAAAAAAUGUGCCUCCACUGCACAUUUCAACAACACAGCUUUCUUAAGACUAUAAAAUCAGAACUAAUGCAAAUAUGCACUUUCCUACACAUAAUUUAAGUGUUAUAAAUUUUAAUGAAAACAUAAUACCUUGUUAACAUAACUAUAUUUUACCAAAAAUGUAGAACACGUUUUAACAACUUUCAUUUAAAUGAGUUUUUUUUUUCAAGAUUAAAAAAACCCUAGUGUUCUGAUUUUGGGGUUUUUCCAAAGCUCACUUAUAUUUGAAAGAUUUGGUUUUUUAUGUGGGGCUGUUGGGGGGGGGUCUAUUUAUUUUGGUUGGCUUGUAGCCAGUCUUGUAUUUCACAAGCACAUGUGUCUUGCAUCCACUACAGGAGGAGCUCAGAUGUCUAACACCAUCACCAGAUAACAGCAUUCCAAUUGUAUGUUAAAUUAUGCCAAUGUGCCAGGUUAUAAAGAUACUAAAAGUAUAACGAUAUAUGUCUGUGACAAGACUAUAUAGUGAUGGAGUCGGCUCUUAUGAAAGGGAGCGUUUGGUUUUACACACAUCCUCCCACAUGAUUUUUUUUUUUUUCUCUUCAGAUUUAAAAUUUGGUUGCAUUGACUAAUUCUUUGCAGGCUCUUGAAAGUAUAUUUGGUAAUUUAGUGGUUCUUUACAGUUGCAGAUGAAUAUCAGAUUUUUUUAAAAAAAUGCAUUUUAGGAAGCCUUUAGCCAAACUAGAUUUUAGGAGACCUGAGUGAUUUUUUUUUGUUUGUUUUUGUUUUUUUACAUGAAGAAUGAGAAUGUCUCCAAUGUUUUUUCUUUGAGAGUAAGCCUAUCUUAUAAUUAAAUUAUUAUUUUAAAUAUUAUUUGAUAAAGAAAAGCAAGUGAAUCUCCCUUCUAAUGCAAUUUAUGCAUGCAUACACUUUAAAAUGUUGGCUUAAAUACAACGCUAAUGUACAACUGCCUUCUUCAUUUGUUAUGUCAAAUAUAAUGGGAACCUUAAUAUUUCCAUAUACCCAACGUUAACUUGUGCUUAUGUCAUAGGAUGGAGAAGAGCAUCCGUUUAUUGAUAAGCCUCUUUAUGAUUGUUGGGAUAUUUGACUCAAUAUCCUGUAAGACUGUUUAACCAAUAGGUUUGUCUGAUGCUCGAAUAUAUCCCGCUAUGAUUUGUAAUGAAAAUGAUAGUGCAUUUGAAAUGUUUUUCUGUAAUAGAGAACAUUAGUGAAUACCAGAAGUUAAUUUCCAUACUUGUACAUGUAGGACUUUUCUUCAGCUCUGUACUCCAGGCAAGCCAUUCCUUAAGGCAUCUUGUAUAAUUCAAAAGAAAAAUAGGCAAAUGUGAAAACAGUUUCAAUAUAUUUUAGAAUAUUGAUAUGUAGUGUGUUGUUGAAUCCUAUGGCUGUCAGGAUUAAUUGCUAUGGUUUACAGUUAGACAUUCAGUCUCUUCUUAAAUGUGCCAUAUUUUCAAACUGGAGCUGUAUUAUCCUGGAUAUUUUAAAAUUAAAAAAAUGAACUCUU